AUGCUUGAUACUGACAACAGCACUGAACGUCUGCUCAAGCCCUUGAUCAAGCAGUUUGUCCAGAACAUUGAGUAUAAAGGGGCCAUACCAGGUGAUGAUCUGGAUACAUUAUUAAAGGGCAUGCACGAAUAUGCAUACCACACUGGCAUACCAUAUUGUGAAGGCCGUCGAGCUUCUCAGUCAUUUAGAACAGGUGUAUACUACGCUCUUUUUUGCUACCCGAAUCACCCGCUUGAUGUGCGCAUAUAUACGGGCAUAUAUGCCUGGCUCGCAGUCCUCGUUGACCAUGAGGCGGAAGUUCACCCAGCCGAAUGGCAGGAAUUCCUUCCCCGGUUUCACGGUGGCUUACAACAGGCGUCCAGCAUCGCCCAGUCUUGGGCGGAACACCUGCGGCUCUGCUACAAGUACUACUCACCAGUCGUUGCGAACUUUAUUGUCACCUCAUCGCUCAAUUUCACCAAUGCGACUACGCUAGAACUUUCCACGUUGCCAAAGAUAGCUCGUACUGCCGGGGGCCAACGCUGGCCGUUCUAUAUACGCGAUAAAGUCGGUGUAGCUGAGGCUUUUGCAUACUUGAGCUUCCCGAGAGACUGUUGUCCGGAUAUAUCAUGCUAUAUAGAGGCAAUCUCGGACAUGAACACCUAUCUCAACCUUACCAACGAUAUCCUGUCAUUCUAUAAGGAAGAGAAGGCCGGGGAGAAGCACAAUUACAUACACAACAGGGCAUUUUACGAGAGGAGGAACGUCUACGCUGUUCUCCAGGAUAUCAUUGAGGAAAACUUGGAAGCGCACCACCGCAUUUGCCUUUCUCUCGAUGGUAAAGAUCGCUAUGCGCGAGCAUGGCACGAGCAUGCAAUGGGUUUUGUGACAUUCCAUACUGCAGGGGAUCGAUAUAGGUUAUGUGAAUUGGGCCUUGGCGAAAGAUAUACCGACGAAACGGGUGCAAUAACUGCUUUACGGCAAAGUGUAUGA